GAGCAUGAAGGAACAGGGUUAGUUAUCUAGAGGCCGGGUUAGCUCUAAAUCACUCAUUUAGUGGGGACCAAAAGGUUCGGGCGAUAACGUAUUCCACUCAGUGUCUGGAGAUCACCUACCCAGGCUGGGGCUCCCACGAAGACGAGGACCGAAGGUCCCUGGAAGAACUGCCGCAGGGGACUUAAUUGUCCUUGUCGUGUUGGAGUGAAGCAUGAUCCGGUUCCUGCCUUUGCUGCUGGGCCUCAGCCUGUGUUGCACCCAAGCAGGUGGCUUUGUGUCCCAAUUGGAAAGCACCUGCGUGUUGGAUGAUGAUGGGACUCCAGUGGAUUUCAGUUUUUGUGUGUCCUUCAACAAGGAUUUGCUCACUUGCUGGGAUCCCCAGAAUGCCACAAUGAUCCCACAAGAUUAUGGAACGCUGUUUCCACUGGCUAGUUCUCUCACGGGCUAUCUCAACAAAAUGGAAAACCUAAUGCAGUACUUGUCCAGGGGGCUUCAGGACUGUGCAUCCUACACCCAGCCCUUUUGGGGAUCGCUGACAAAAAGGAUUCAGUCUCCAUCUGUACAAGUAGCCGAAACCACUCCUUUCAACACCAGGGAGCCUGUGAUGCUGGCCUGUUACGUGUCAAGCUUCUAUCCUGCUGAUGUUACCAUUACAUGGAGAAAGAAUGGGGAGGUUGUCCUCCCUCACAACGGUGCCCGUGAUGUUGUCUUGCCCAAUGGAGACUGGACCUACCAGACUGUCUCCUAUUUAGCUACAAAUCCCUCUUUUGGGGACACUUACAUGUGUGUGGUAGAGCACGCCGGGAGUCCUGAGCUCAUCCUGCAGUACUGGACCCCGUGGCUGUCCCCGUUAAAGAUAGUGAAGCUUAGCGUGUGUGCAGUAACUCUGGUUCUGGGCCUCAUCAUCUUCUCUGUUGGUUUCCUCGGCUGGCGGAAAUCUAACUCCUCUGGCUACACUUAUAUUUCUUCGUCCAAUUAUGGAGAAGAUCGCCACAUUUCCUAGCGGCUGAACCCCACAGUGCCCAGAGGAGAGCCACUCUUAGGCUGCUGUGUCCACCCCCACAAACACCCUCAUACUCCUCUAGUUUUCUUGGAUCCUGUGGUUUCUUCAUUCAGUUCUUUGGAUCCCCCUUCUCCAUAUAAACCUUAGCCUGGUGGAGGAACUUGUAUCUGCAAAUGUCCUGAAACCAGUUUGCUGUCCAAGGCUGUAUUUCUGGGAAGGCGAUGAAGAGGAAGGUCAAAGGCCCUCUUGGAAGCCCACUGUGCACAGAGAGUGGGGGCUCCUGGCAGCCGUCUGGGAGGAAUAAA